AGUGCGUCGCGUCGUCUGCAGUCCUCUCUGCAGGGGGCGUUCCGUAUUCCGUAGCGUUGCGUUGCGUUGCGCUCCGUAGUCCGUCUGCCGUCUGCCGUAGCGCAGCGGCUGACCAGUGUCCGGCGAGUCCUGCUAGAGGAUCGCCGCGGUAGCGCUUAGAUUACCGAUGUAGUGUUUGCCGUCUCGCGGGCCCGUACAUGCUGACAUAGACCCUUCUCUCCCCUGACCUGUAUAGGUUGUGGUCCCCUGUGGCGAAGUAUGGAAAAGGACCCCCUGAGAGGGACCGCGGCUAUCCCUUUGAGCGUGCCGCCCUCCUCGUACCAGGCCCUCGGCGAUCAGCAUAGCAGACAGAACACUGUCAAUGGAAAUCAACAUCGUGGAUUUUCUGUGAGUUCAGACGAUGACAUGAUUGACAUAACCACAACCGGGACCGUGACGGAGCGCUCCAUCCAUUAUGAUGACCCAGGAGUGUCUCACUUGCCUGGUGUAACAUACUGCAUGGGAGAUGGAGAUGUUGCUGCUGAUGGAGAUGAGAUCCCUGGGAUUGGACAAUAUGAAGAUUUUCACACAAUCGACUGGCAGAGAGAUAUUGCCAGAGAUCGCAUGCGUCAUAGAUAUAUUGUCAAGAGAAAACAAAACUCCCUGUUUGACUUAGUCAAAGGAGCCCAUGAUGCUUGGUCAGGAUGGGUGUGUGUGUUGUUAGUGGGGGUAACAACAGGAGUAUUUGCUGGUGUAAUAGAUAUUGGUGCAUCAUGGAUGUCAGAUUUAAAACAUGGUAUCUGCCCCGAAGCAUUUUGGCUGAACCGAGAGCAGUGUUGUUGGUCAUCAAAUGAAACUACUUUGAGCUUUGACAUUGGCAACUGCUCUCAAUGGUUGAACUGGUCUGAAGUUCUCGGUCAGUCCAGGGAAGGAGCAGGUGCAUACAUUAUAGGGUAUCUCAUGUAUGUAGCAUGGGCACUGCUCUUUGCAUCACUUGCUGCCGCGCUAGUCAGAAUGUUUGCUCCAUAUGCUUGUGGUUCUGGUAUCCCUGAGAUCAAGACUAUUUUGAGUGGUUUCAUCAUCCGGGGCUAUUUAGGCAAAUGGACUCUGAUCAUCAAGUCAGUGGGCCUUAUGCUUGCUGUAUCUGCUGGUCUCAGUCUUGGGAAAGAGGGCCCUAUGGUCCACAUUGCUUGUUGCAUAGGGAACAUUCUUUCCUACCUCUUCCCUAAAUAUGGAAGGAAUGAGGCCAAGAAAAGAGAGAUCCUAUCAGCAGCUGCUGCUGCUGGUGUGUCUGUUGCCUUUGGAGCCCCCAUUGGAGGUGUCCUUUUCAGUUUGGAGGAGGUUAGUUAUUAUUUUCCCCUCAAGACUUUGUGGAGAUCUUUCUUCUGUGCCCUCGUGGCUGCUUUUGUGUUGCACUCCAUCAAUCCCUUUGGAAAUGAACACUCAGUUUUGUUCUUUGUCGAGUAUAACAAUCCAUGGAUCUUCUUUGAGCUUGUACCAUUUGUUGGUCUUGGGAUCAUUGGGGGAGUUAUUGCAGCAAUAUUUAUUCGAGCUAACCUGUACUGGUGCCGCUAUCGCAAAACAUCUAGGCUUGGUCAGUACCCAGUUACUGAGGUUUUGGUUGUGACAGUGGUCACAGCAGUUAUUGCUUACCCGAACCCUUAUACCCGCAUGAGCACCAGUGAGCUCAUUUACCUCUUGUUCAGAAAGUGUGGUGUCACAAAUAUGGAUCUCAUAUGUGAUUACAACCGUAACUUCACUGACGUGAAGUCAAGCAUUGAACUGGCGCCGGCCGGUCCUGGGGUUUAUGAAGCUAUGUGGCUACUUGUACUUGCACUGAUCUUCAAAUUGGUGUUGACUGUGUUUACAUUUGGUAUGAAAGUGCCCUGCGGUCUCUUCAUCCCAUCCCUGUGCUUUGGGGCGAUCAUUGGUCGUAUUGUGGGUGUUGGUAUGGAACAGCUGGCUUACAACUACCCUAGCAUCUGGCUGUUCAGUGGGGAGUGUUCCACUGGGAAGGAUUGUAUAACACCUGGCCUGUAUUCAAUGGUUGGUGCAGCAGCAGUACUUGGCGGUGUCACUAGAAUGACAGUGUCGUUGGUAGUGGUAAUGUUUGAGUUGACGGGUGGAGUUCGCUACAUCGUCCCACUCAUGGCUGCUGCUAUGGCCAGCAAAUGGGUGGGAGAUGCUUUGGGAAGUCAUGGCAUUUACGAUGCACACAUCAAUCUCAAUGGUUAUCCAUUUUUGGAUAGCAAAGAAGAGUUCGCCCAUACUUCAUUAGCAGCUGAUGUUAUGCAGCCUAAGCGAAACGAAACUCUUAGUAUAUUAACACAAGAUUCAAUGACGGUGGAGGAUGUUGAGACUCUAAUGAAAGAAACUGAGCACAACGGUUUCCCUGUUAUUGUGUCACGUGAGAGCCAAUAUUUGGUUGGCUUUGUCCUCAGAAGGGAUCUCAACUUGGCCUUAGCACAAGCUCGGAGAGCUGUGGAAGGCCUAAGACCAAAUUCAUUGGUACUCUUCACCAGUAGUUCCCCUCAGCAACCUCCAGAACCGUCUAGCCCUGCACCACUCGUUCUGAAAAACAUACUCGAUAUGGCUCCCAUUACCAUAACAGACCAGACUCCAAUGGAAACUGUUGUUGACAUGUUCCGCAAGCUUGGUUUGAGGCAAACGCUUGUGACACAUAAUGGUCGCCUUCUAGGUGUUAUAACAAAGAAAGAUGUAUUGCGAUAUAUCAAACAAUUGGACAACGAAGAUCCCAAUACUGUCCUUUUCAACUAAGUUGAACUAAGUUCACCACCAAUGCUUUGCAUGGUGGACCCAGUGGCUAACUGUGAUGAAGCAAGAGGUUUCCUCAUCUUUUUUUUUUUUUUUUUUUUUUUUUUAAUCAUGCUUGUUUUUUUUUAAAGAUGGGGUUUCCAGCUAUAGUUAUAACAUUUCUCAUUAAUCCCUCUGUAUAGCAUUUAAUGAAAUAUUUUGAUUUGUGAGGGAUAUUUUGAGCUGCAAGACAAAUGUUUUAGCAUGUUAGUGAUCUGUCAGAACUGAAUGCAUUGUAUAUAUGAAACAAUCUUUGUGUUGCUGUUUUAGGUAAUUGUCCUAGAUAUUUUGUUUCCUGGUUAUUUUAUUCGCAAUUUGAAAGUCCAAAAAUUCAAUUGUCCUAUUUAAUAGAAUAUCAACUUUUAUAUCAUGUUUUUAAGUUUUAGUGAAAUUUAAUUUUUAAAUUUGGCGUUAUUUACUUUCACCAUUCUUUUACCUUGAAUCAAGUUUUAUUUUAAAUUUUAUCCUUUGUGAUUUUGGAGAUGUUAGUUUUGCGCAGCUUAUUGGUCUUACUUGUCAACUGUAAAAAAAUUUUGUUGUACAAUCCUUUUUACCCUUGCCUUUGUGUCAAAUUCAGAGGGAGUGAAUGUUUUACUAUGAAAUGUGUGCUGUGUCUUCCUAUCAUUUAAGUGUGGUUUUACUUAUCUUUUUUUUUUCUUUGCCAGACCAGAUUAGUUAAUGUUGUAAACUUUAGAUGAGAAGAGUAACUGGAAUGACCGUUUAAAAGAGUAGGCAGUGUGUGCCAGUUGCAUGGUUCUAUUAAUUCUGAACUUGUAGUCAACUGGCAAUAGUUCAUAACUUACUCUUGCCUUGCAUUAACUUAAACUUAUCCCAGAGUUUGUUGUUUCUUUUUUUUUUCUUUUUUUUUUUUGCAAUUUAGUAAAUUUUUCUGCUUUUGUUGUGAAAAUUAACUCAGACUGAAAGCAUUUGGCUCUGCAAGCUUUGUGACAGCUACUAUGAGGACUAAUCUUUUGUGUUUCUUAACAUAACUGCUAGUCAUGUCCAAGGAAAAUCGGUAGCCAUUUUCUGAUUCUAAUUAACCUACUGUACCCAGUGCAUUCAUGCUUAAAACUUUUGUCAUUUUAUUUUGCAUGUAUCUUUCCAAGUAACCUUCUUUUAUUGCAAGUGGUGCUGGCAACCACACAGAUGUUAAAGAGCAUAGCCAUUCCAUUAUGUAAUAUUGGAGAGUAACUAUUAUUAUUAUUUAUAAAUAUUACGAUUUGAUUAUAUAAAUUUAUCUAUGUAUAUGUUUUACGUAAGAAUAUGAUCUGUAUUCAAGAACUGUGUUUCUGACUUAUGAAUUUUCUAAUUUGAUUUUAUCAAUCAAUAAGUUUGUCUCAUUUUAAGUGAAUGCAAUCCUAGUUAGAUGAAUUUUUAUUUGUCCAUGUGUAAGUUGGCUUGAGCAUCUCCAAACUGAUUUUUCAUGGCCCCCUCUACAUUUGUAAAAGUGUCACAAACUCUCAUCCAACCUCUUCAUCGAUUUUGUUUUCUCACAAAUGAUCAAAUUAGGGAAAAUAGUAAAGGUAUUACUCGAAUAAAAUUGCCUCUACAGCGUG